CUCCACAAUAAGUACUAUAGUGACAACACUAACAUGUACAAUGAGUGCACCAGUUGAAUGCAGUGCUUGAUGCUCAUUGCUUGCAUACGUCGGUUGUGACUUCAUGCUCGUUUUUUGUUUUUUUUUAACCAUCGCACGUCCGGUGGCUCCUGGGUAAGAAGAAUGGAUACGUCGACCAAGAAGAAGAAGGAAGGGGGAAAAUAUACCAUCCAAGCAAAUACGCCACUGUGAGUUCGUUCGAUGAAUGCCUUAGAAACAACGAAGACGAGGAUGCUGAUGCUUUUUAUGCUGUCUUAAUGGAGCCUAAAUGGAUAUUUUUCGCCUCGAAGCUGCGGUGUUUUCAGUUAUCGCGAGGAUGCUUUAUAAAAGGAAGAUGAGCUAAAUCAAACGAAGGAUCGACUAAUAACGGAGGCAGAAAUGAUGGAGCCUGCCAUCAUUUUGGCGUCUGUUCUUUCCAGAGGAAUUAUGUGUGACUCUGUAACGGUGGGCUAAUAAGAAUAUGAUGAACAGCACGGUGACGCCAUCAGACUUGACAGAUGUGCCCAAGCAGGUGAACUUCAAUACCACCCAGGCACCACACAGCCCCCCAGCAUGGGUACUCAUCCACACCGCCACCUUGACCUUCUGCUCCCUCCUCCUGGUCUUUAUCUUCUGCUUGGGCUCCUACGGCAAUCUGGUGGUGUUCCUGUCCUUUUUCGACCCGGCCUUCCGCAAGUUCCGUACCAACUUCGACUUUAUGAUCCUCAAUUUGUCCUUUUGCGAUUUGUUUAUUUGCUGCGUGACGGCGCCCAUGUUUGCAUUGGUGCUUUACCUGGAUGCGGGCGGAGGGGACGGCGUGUCCAAGAGCUUCUGUUUCGCCUUCCACCUGACCAGCUGCGGGUUCAUCAUCAUGUCACUGGAGACGGUGGCGGUCAUCGCCCUGCACCGCCUGCGGAUGGUCCUGGGCCAGCAGCCCAACCGCACCGCCUCCUUCCCCUGCACCUUGGCCCUCACCGCCCUGCUGUGGACGUCCAGCUUCACCAUGGCCGCCCUCCUCACCAUGCGGGCGUACCCACGAAGGGACGGCCCCUGCUUGCCCCACUUUGGUCUAGGAGGGGGUCGGGCCCGGCUGGUGCUGUACGCCUACCUUGCCGAUUUUGCAUUUUGCGUCGCCGUGGUGACUGUGUCCUAUCUGAUGAUCGCACACACCCUGAAGAAGAACGUACAAGUGAGGAAGUGUCCCAUCAUCACUGUGGCUGCCAGGUGCACCCCUCCUCCACCACCUUCGGUUGCCCCCAGCUUUGAGGGGAUGCAGUGCAGCACUCAGGGCCCACCCUUGUACCGGAAGCUACAGAACGUUAAGACCCACUCUUACUCCAACAGGCCCAACCAACCUUUGGUCCCGGGGGCGGCUCCGGGAGCAACGUGUUGCCAGCUGGUCUCUACAGUCAACUUGGCCACCGCCAAAGACUCCAAAGCUGUGGUCACCUGUAUCGUCAUCGUGUUCUCUGUCCUGCUGUGCUGCCUACCAAUGGGGGUGUGCUUGGCGCAGGAUGUCCUGUCGCCAGAGAGCAGCUUUGCGCACUACCAGUUCGAACUGUGUGGCUUUGUGCUAAUCUUCCUCAAAUCGGGUAUCAACCCUUUCGUAUACUCGCGCAACAGCGCGGGCCUGCGGCGCCGCGUACUCUCCUGCAUGCACUGGGCCGCCCUGGGCCUGCUAUGCUGCAAGCAAAAGACGCGUCUGCACGCCAUGGGCAAGGGCAGCCUGGAAGUCAACCGGAAUAAAUCCUCUCACCACGAGACCAACUCGGCCUAUGUGCUCUCGCCGAAGGCCCAGAAGAGGCUGGUGGACCAAGCCUGCGGGCCGAGUCAGUCCAGGGAUUGCCUCGCCAGCCCCAGAAAUAUGCGGAGGCCUCGUCCCGCCAGCACGUCCACGCCCAUCAACACACGCAUUGAGCCGUACUACAGCAUAUACAACAGCAGUCCCUCCGUGGGGCCCAGCUCCCCCACCAGCCUCCAGCCUGCCAGCUCACAGACGUUUGCCUUUGCCAAGUCCUACGUGGCCAUGCACUACCACACUCACCAUGACACCCUGCAGGACUUUGACAGCACCUCCGUGCAGCAGAUUCCCGUCCCCUCGGUCUGAACUUUCAGUUCGGAUCAGUGUUGGGUUCUGCAGCAAGAAGGUUGUGGGUUUCACUCUGGAUCGUUCUGUGUGGAAUUUGCAUGAUCUUGAGUGUGUUCUCUACGGGUACUUCCCAGUAGUUCUCAUAGUGGGUAAACAUUUUUUGUUUUAUUAGAUUUUUUUAUGUAUUUUUUAUGGAUUACAUUUCACAUAUGGGGAAAUUUUUUUUUAAAUUUAUUUUUAUUAUCACAUUUUUUUACAUUCAUUUUACAACAUUAAUUUUAUUUUCAUUUGACGGCAUUUUAUUAUGAUUACUUUUCGCAUAUUGAUAUUUUUGUAAUUAUUUUUUUUAUUUAAACUUUUUAAUUGAUUACAUUUUACAUAUGAACAAAAAAUAUUACGCUUUAUUUUUUCAUUUAAAUUUUUUAAUGGAUUACAUUUCCCAUAUGAACAUUUAUUUUAUUUUUAUUAUUUCCUUUUAUGGAUUACAUUUGGAUACUUUUUUUUAAAUUAUUACUUUAAUUUUGUUAUCAAUUACAUUUCACAUAUGGGUAACAUUUUAAGCCCUUUCACCUUGAUACACACACACACACACACACACACACACCUCACCUGAUUUUUCCUGUUUUUGAGUAUUGCUGAUGUUCCUACAAAUCUACCUGCUGUGUUGCACAUGCAUGUGCUGCUGCAACCUGAGACCGGAGGCCGUCAGUGCUGCUGUUGAGACAUUUCUGCUUUUCAACACUUUUAUUUGUGAACCUCAUGGACACUUUUCAACCCAAUAAAUGUUUGGCAAGUGCAGUGCUCUCGCUGUAUGGUAGAAUUAUUCUCACGUCCUUGUUUUUUUUUUUUUUUAUUUAAAGUGUCUCAUUUGUGAAGUAGUCAGUGAGCACAGGUGUUACUAAGCAAACUGUCUUUUUAUAGUGUGAGCACUAAUUUAAAAAACACCCAGGUGUGCUUAUUUUCUUUUAGGUCUAUUGUUUUUGGUUUAUUUUUGAUGCUUUAUAUAUUAUUUGUUCGUAGUGUCAUAUAUUCUGUGAAAAUUAAGUGUUUUAUUGUUGAAUUGUGCAGAGGAGGGAGUUCCUGGAUGGAUGGUGGUCGGGGGGCCCACUUUGAUAUUUUUAUAUAUUUUUAAAAUUUUGUAAAAAGGCUAAAAAAGGAAACCCAUGUAUAUUUCAAGACAAAGCUUUGUGUUAUUAUUAGUACCAACAUUUCAACUUUUUUUCUUUAAAUUAUGCCUUUUGUCAAUUGUUUGUUGUAUUUUAAAAAUUGUACGUAUUUCUACAAUGUGACUCAUGCCAAUAAAAAACGAGCCGCGGGCUGCAAAUACUCCCCAAGUUGCACUUCGGACACCUCUGCUUUACUGCAUCGAUACAAGUACGACUGGUGGUACGCAGGUUCCAUCCAGUGGUAUUCAGGAGAAUCAGACAAUUUUUCGUUCUGUUUCGUGGGAGACUAUUGUGUAUUAUUAGUCAAAACAUUGAAAUACAAGUGAUAUGUAGUAUUCUGGUCACUAGGUGGCAGCAAUGACACAAAAUUUUGAGACAGUACCUUAACACUGCAUGCAUGAAGAUGGCAUGUCCGACAUGACAGAGUGAAAAGAAGUUCUUGGAAGUGAUACGUUUUGGGCUUCUUAAGUUUCGAAGAGAUAAAUUCGAGGCUAAGUGGUUGGCUCCCGACGCCGUCUCAAGUCCCUGCAAGACAGCAGUUACGCAACGUGUUGUAAACAAUGAAUAAUAAGAGUGUAAAGAUGAGUAUAGGCGUGUUAUUUCAUUGCUCGGGUUCUAAUAAUGUUCAAAAACAUUUAGUCAUACAAGUUUUACAAGUCAUACAUGUUUUCUAUGGUGUAACUAUGAAAAUAUUCCAUUUCUUAACAUUGAAUCCUAUAUUGUAUAAAUGCAUUAUCUCGAUCGGGUUUGAAACCGAUUAACCGCUACAAACGAGGGACGACUGCAUAUGAAAAAAUGUAUGUAAAAUAAUAGGAAGUCAUUGUACAAAUACAAAUGUAUCACCCAAAGAUUUGACGAAAAUGACUUCAAAUAACACUUUCUUUUGGUGAAGUACUCAUGUUUAAUUCACUCAUGCACCACAAGCCUAAUCUCUGCGAGUAGAAGCCACAUGUCCAAAGCUAAUGAUGGUAAGCAGAGGUAGCAAAAACGGUGCUACUCGCAAAACACACUACUUUUGAGGUGAAAAAAGUUUGAGAACAACAACUAAUAUCUCCAUUGGUUCGUUUUAUAGUUUGCAGGGUCAUAUUUAGUCAUUUGGGGGCCCGAGGCAAACCCAGUCAUUGGAGCCCUACGCAUCCUUGUACUGCACUGACAAAAGUUUUAUUCUAUUUUAAAUUUAUUUAGUUUAUUUAUUUGUAUUUAUUAUUAUUUAUUUUAAAAAAUCAUCUACCAACAAGUGUGAAUAUGAGGAAAAUCCUCCUAUUUCCUGAGCCUGAUAAAGUCCUUAAAAUCCUCCCGGGGGAUUAUUAUUGCCUAACAAGUUAUUCAUCUCAACGCUUUUACUGUAAUUGAUAACAUUAAGCAACAUUUAAUAUACUUUAAGGCUUUAAUACUCACAUUUUUGUGAUGAAAAGCAUCACUCUCUGAUAGUUCAGCAUACAAAAGGUACUUUUGCAUCAAUAGCAUACAGUGGUGUGAAAAAGUGUAUGUCCCCCUCCUGAUUUAUUAUUUUUUUGCAUGUUUGUCACACUUACAUGUUUCAGAUCAUCAAACUAAUUUAAAUAUUAGUCAAUGACAACACAACUGAACACAAAAUGCAGUUUUUAAAUGAAACUUUAUUACAAAGGGAGAACAAAAAAAUCCAAAAACGCAUGGCCCUGUAUAGAAAAAGUGAUUGCCUCCUAAACCUAAUAACUGGUUGGGCCACCCUUAGCAGCAACAACUGCAAUCAAGUGUUUGAGAUUACUUGCGAUGAGUCUCUUACAGCACUGUGAAGAAAUUUUAGCCCACUCAUCUUUGCAGAAUUGUUGUAAUUCAGCUGUAAUUCCAGCAUGAAGCACCUUUUUAAGGUCAUGCCACAGCAUCUCAAUAGGAUUCAGGUCAGGACUUUGACUAGGCCACUCCAAAGUCUUCAUUUUGUUUUUCUUCAUCCAUUCAGAGGUGUACUUGCUGGUGUGUUUUGGAUCAUUGUCCUGCUGCAGAACCCAACUUGGUUUCAGCUUCGCCAACAGACGGCCGGACAUUCUCCUUCAGGAUUUUUUGGUAGACAGCAGAAUUCAUGGUUCCAUUUAUCACAGCGAGCCUUCCAGGUCCUGAAGCGGCAAAACAGCUGCGGACCAGCACACUACCACCACCAGAUUUUACUGUUGUUAUGAUGUUCUUUUUCUGAAAUGCGGUGUUACUUUUACGCCAGAUGUAACGAGACCCACACCAUCCAAAAAGUUGAACUUUUGUCUCGUCAGACCACAGAGUAUUUUCCCAAAGGUCUUGGGGAUCAUCAAGAUUUUUUCUGGCAAACUUGGGAUGAGCCUUAAUGUUCUUUUUGUUCAGCAGUGGUUUUUAUCUUGGAACUCAGCCAUGCAGGCCCAGUAUCUUUCUUGUGGUGGAGUCUUGAACACGGAUGUUAACCGAGGCAAGUGAGGCCUACAGUUCAUUGGAUGUUGUUGUGGGGUCUUUUGUGACCUCUUGGAUGAGUCGUCGCUGCACUCUUGGGGGCAUUUUGGUUUGCCGGCCACUCCUGGGAAGGUUCACCACUGUUCCGUGUUUUCGUCAUUUGUGGAUAAUGACUCUCACUGUGGUUUGCUGGAGUCCCAAAGCUUCAGAAAUGGCUUUAUAUCCUUUUCCAGAUAGAUCUCAAGUAAUCCCAGUUAAGUGAUGUUUUAACCGGGGUGGGGGCAAUCACUGUUUAAUAGUUUCAUUUAAAAACUGCAUUUUACAUUCAGUUGUGUUGUCAAUGACUAAUAUUUAAAUUUGUUUGAUGAUCUGAAACAUUUAAGUGUGACAAGUGUGACAAAUUAGAAAUCAGGAAGGAGGCAACAAUUUUUCACACCACUGUUGUACGAUUAAUUGAGCAGCAGCACCCUCUGGUGGCGUUAAAAUUACCAAAAGGAACAUCUGAUACUGUACAAUGCAAAUUGCUAUUUCAGGAGAAUAAUAAGACUUAAUAUUUGCAUAGGGAUGCAGAACGAUUAAUCAAAAUGCAAGUGAAGUAAUAAUAAAUGUUACAAAUGCAGCAGUAUUAGUUUUGAUGAGGUCUUAUCCUUAUAAAAGGUAGAAUAUUUAAAUCGGAUCACGUGACACUGCACCGAUGUGCCAAACGUUGAGCCCAGUGGGUGUAUUAUCUGAAUCAAAUGUAAAUAUGUGACUUUUGGAUGCGUACGUGUUUGGUCCCUGCAAUGUAACAGUGACUAAGAUGGGUGUGUGACAAAUAAAUCUUGGACAAUAUUCAAUAGUUAAAAAGAAAUUUUAAUGAAGCUUUUCAAGCAUGUACCCAUUUCACAACACCCGCCGAUGCAUAAGUUACACUCACCCUCACCCUCAUUAUUCAGAUUACAAGUGCUCAGUCUCUCAAUCAUUAGUCCACACACACACGCGCGCACGCACACACACACACACAGGAACCCCACAGUGAAAAUUGUAGAUUUCUUCAUCAUCACUAUCUUCUUCAUUAGAAAUCAA